AUGACCAAGAAGAAGCGUCAUCAUCCCGAUGUUGAAGAGGUCCUUGCGCGACCGUGGUGCUACUACUGCGAGCGCGACUUUGAUGAUCUCAAGAUUUUGAUCAACCAUCAGAAAGCCAAGCACUUCAAAUGCGAAAGAUGUGGCCGAAGACUGAAUACCGCAGGAGGCCUCAGUGUCCACAUGAGUCAAGUCCACAAGGAGAACCUCACGGCCGUCGACAACGCCCUCCCGAACCGAGCGGGCCUGGAUAUAGAAAUAUUUGGCAUGGAAGGAAUUCCUGAAGACAUCAUUCAACAGCAUAAUCAGCGUGUUUUGACCAACUUUCAUCAACUCCAAGCUGAGCGGCAGGCAUCGACCGGUAACAACGCUCAGAGUGCCCAGCAUCCCAACGCCCCGAAGAAACCCAAGAUCGAGUCUGUGUCCGAUAUUAAGAAACGCCUGGCAGAACAUAAAGCCGCUAAGCUGGCUGCCGAGCAAGGCGACGGAACGAGCAGUGGAGGUGGCACUCCCAACCCUCCUGCCGCUACUGUCGUCCAAGCUCAGCCUCAGGUAAAUACGGCAGCGUCUCCCACCUACCCCGGAUAUCAACAGCCAUAUGCAGCGCCACCUACGAAUGGUUCGUACAGUCAGUCCCCUCCUUUCGCCCAGCCCUCAGCCGCUUUAUCUGCUCCGUACCAGGCGUCGCCCGUCUAUCCAUCUGCCGGGUCUCCGCCGACUGUCGAAGGCUACGGCCAGCAUGCGACAACUCUACAGCCGGGGCAGCCAGGAUACGUGCAGAUGCCAUAUGCUCAACCGCCAUACGUUCAGCCACCGCAGUCGUCCUUUCAACCGCCACAGCCACCACCAGUGGGCUAUCCUCCUCAGCCGAGUUAUUCGCCUCACCAAUAUCAGUCACCAUAUCCUGGCCAACCAUAUCCUGCCCAGCCUGCUGGACCCCCGCGUCCAUUUGCAUCGGCAUCUCCCGUCUCGGGAUAUCCACAGCCACCCCCAGCUCUUGCACCACGCUCUCUUUCACCUGCUACAAACGGUAAUUUCCCUGCACCAGUGCGUACUGGCAGUGUAAGUCUACCUAGUGCUCCAGGAUUGCCGCAGAGGCCCGCCUUUGGUGCUCCACCGGUCAAUGCUUUCCAAUUUCAACAAAUGCAUCAAGGUCAGAUCCCUGCUCCACAAUCCCAUAACAUUGUGCCGCAGUAUGCUCCUGGACUAGCUCCAGGAAGCACGAAUACGCAAGUGCCGCCACAGAUUCCGGCUCCGAACCAAGCUGCUGCCAUUGACGCUCAAGACGCGUCCUCCCUUGAUGACCUGAUCGCCAAUGCUUCCAAACAAGCUGACGUCGAUGCCGCCGCCGCCGAGGCUGCCGCCAAAUCCGGAACCCCUCCGGCGACCGCUACUCCGGCGACCACCAAAGACGAAGCCAGUGAAGACAAAGCCGGGCCAAAGAAAGACAAGGAGAAGGAGAAACCAAAAGCAACCAGGUUGGUCUACUCUGAUAACGAGACAAGUCCUGAAGAGAAGAUGGCCCUGUUGCCAAAGUACGCAUUUACUCCUGUACAGAAAACAAUUGUGGUAUAA